AUGCGCCGUCCUCGUUUCUCGUACUGCCCGCCUAGGAGAAGCAACGACGGUGAUUGCGAGAGCGCACGGAUCGAAGAAGAUCGUCAACCUGCCGGCUUCGAGUGCGCCGAUGUUGUGAACAUCUUCUUACCCGUCCUCGUCCUCCGAACUUGUCUCCUUGGGAUCGGCGCGACAAACAGAUUAACGAAUGACGCCGUAGCAGAGGGCUGGUUGGUGCGCGGAUACCGGGACGCAAGAGGGGACGGCACCUUUCGCACCGCCACGGCAACGUACAACACGGUGUAUCGGAGAAUUGAGGCCACGGAAAUCGAGACGAGGGAGCGAGGGGCACUUAGCCCUUUGGCGAGCUCGAAGGAUGCAGCUCCCAGGCGGGAGCACGAGAAUUCCGCCCGCGAGAAUACCGGCUUUCCUUCUGGUUAUCAUCAACGGGAACAACAUCGCAACAAUCACCGGGAAUAAACGCAUCGGUAGCAACAGCGGCGGUCCCGGUUGCAACAAUAACCGUAGCAGAAGUAGUAAGAAGCACGACAGCAGCGGAUA